AUGUGGCAAGCGGCUCUUCCGGGCGCGCCUCGUCCCAGGCAACUGCUGGGCAUCCUAGCGUGGCUCUCCCUCUGGCAGACGCUGGCACUGGAUGACGGGCGGUGGUGCGAGAGGGUGGUCCAGGUGCUAGACGAGGAGGUGGUGACCCUGCGCCGGGAGGAGGCGGUGCCCUGCCUGGAUGUCUACCAGUACACCAUGGCCGGCUGGCGCCUCGACCAGGACAGGACGCGCCGAGCCUCUGGCCCAGGGGGAGCCCUGUGCUACAUCUACAAGCCUGAAGACGCCCGGCCCUUGGCCUGGAACCGGACGGUGCGCACGUGCUGUGAGGGCUGGAGCGGGCCGCAUUGCUCGGAGGGUGAGGGGUCGAUGGGUCCCUGCUUCGCCACCUGGCAGUGCCAGGACAUCCCCGGGCUGCAGAACCGCUCGCUGUUCAGCCUGACCGAGUGCUGUGGCCUCCCAUGGGGGCGCAGCUGGCAAAACGCCUCCUCUGGGCUCUGUUUUAGCUGCUCCCGGCAGCCCCUGAAAGGUGCAACGGCACCCUCCUGCACAUGUGCGCAGCACAGGGCAGCGCCUGGGAUUGCAAGGCAACGAGGCUUUGCACUCCGCGGAGUCUGGAAGCGCAGCCCAGAUGCAGCCCUGCUAACAGCCGCCUCCUCCCCAGACGGCCCGCCUUUGCCCUCCCUGCUCCGGCCACCCGCCCCCUCGGCGCUCCUGGCCCGGCAGAGGCCCCACCAGCCCCCUUUCGCCACCUGCCUCACCUGGGCCGGCUUCCGCUACCGCACCUUCGACGGCAAACAUUUCCGCUUCGGUGGGAACUGCACCUACGCACUGGCUGCCGCUUCCGAGGGAACCUGGGCCGUCUACGUCUCCUCGGGCAGCGGGGGCUGCGUGCCUGGCCGGUGCCAACGGGUAAGGGGCCUUGGCCUGCUGAGCGGGAGGGGCUGUGGCCGGGGCUCCAGAGGAGCUGCCCCCAAAGUCUGCAUUCUGCCCCAAGGCUGCAGGGAGAAGCCCUGCAUCCGCUCCUGGACCCGUCCCACUUCUGGAAUGCAGAACGCCAUGCUUCAGGGCAUGUACGGAGUGCCCCUUCAGGGCAUGUGCAGAUGCCUGGAGGGAAGCUUGGAGGCUGCCAGUCUGGGUGGGCUGAGCAGGGGCAGGGGCGGGCCAAGACCCACCCUCACGACCCUUCUUGCCCGGCAGGCCCUCCGCAUGCUCUUUGGACUCGACCUGGUGGUGGCCCAGGGCCGCAACGUCUCGGUGAAUGGCGCUGUGGUGCCGGAGAGGGAGCCGCUCUUGCAGAAGGGGAUCAGCAUUUGGUGGCUGGGGGACUUUCUCUUCGUGGAGAGCGGCCUGGGGGUCCGGGUCAAGUUUGAUGGGUGCAGCACAGUCUACAUCACCGUUGGGACUGCACUGCAGGGCUCCACCCGGGGGCUGUGCGGAGUCUACAACGACGACCCUGCAGAUGACUUCCAACGUGUGGGAGGGGACGUGGUCACGCUGGCAGCCAGCUUUGGCAAUUCCUGGCGCAUUCCAGAGGCCGGGGUCCGUGCACAGAUGCCGCAGAGGAGCCGCACAGCUGCGAUGCUGCGCGAGACCCAGCAGUUCAGGAGGCAGCUGAAGCCACGUGCCAGAAGUUCUUCUCCAGCCCUUUCAGCAGAUGCCAUACGCAGCCGAGGGGCAGGGCCUGCAGCUGCCUGUGAGACCUUUGCCAGCUAUGCCCGCGAGUGUGCCCAGCAGAGCAUCUUCAUCAACUGGAGAAACCCUGGGUUCUGUGAGAAGCCGUGUGGCCGGGGGCAGCACUACACGGACUGCGUGUCGUCGUGCCCGGCCAGUUGCGCAGCGGUGGGGAUGGGGGCAGGAGACCACUGCCGGCAGGAGUGCGUGAGUGGCUGCGAAUGCACCCCAGGACUCUACCUGGAGGAGGGGUCCUGCGUCCCCAAGAGCCAGUGCCCCUGCUUCCACCGACGGCAGAAGUUCCGCCCAGGAGAGAUGCUGCAGCAGCGCUGCAACCAGUGCACAUGCCGAGGGGGGCAGUGGAUCUGCUCCCAGGAUCGGUGUGCCGGGGAGUGCGUCCUCCACGGUCAUCUGCAUUACCUGACCUUCGACGGCAAGCGCUACUCCUUCCACGGUGUCUGCCAGUACAUCCUGGUGCAGGAUUUUGUGGAUGGGAAGAUUCAGAUUGACGCAGAGAACGAGCCGUGUGGGAACCAAGGGGCCGUCAGCUGCCUCCGGGUUGUGACCGUCACUGUGCAGAAGACCUCGGCCCGGCUGUCCUUCACGGGGGCUGUCUCUGUGAAUGGCCAGGAGGUCACCCUCCCUUUUGCCAACCCCGACCUGACGGUGCGCCGCGCCUCCUCGUCUUUCCUGCUCCUCCAGGCCUUCGGGGCUCACCUGCUCUGGGGGCUGGAGUUCUCUGCCGCCUACAUCACUCUCCAGCCUAGCUUCGCCCACAAGGUCCGAGGCCUUUGCGGGACGUACAACUGGAACCAGCAGGAGGAAUUCACCACCCCGGAGGGAGACGUGGAGUCCAGCGUGGCCGCCUUCGCCCACAAGUUUCAACUCUCCCGCGCCUGUCCCGCCACGGGCGGCUUGGUCUUUGAUUCCAGCAGUAGGUACGCCAGACGGCGGCAGUAUGCCGAGUCGGCUUGUGCGGCCGUCCACAGCGCGGCCUUCCAGCCCUGCCAUGACCUGGUGGAGCGAGAACCUUUCUACCAGCUUUGUCUGGAGGACGUGUGCAGCUGUUCAGCCGAGGAGGACUGCCUGUGUGGUGCCCUGGCUGCCUAUGCCCGGCAGUGUGCCCAGGAGGGCGCCCUUGUGUCCUGGAGGAAUCAGAGCUUCUGCCCGGUGCAGUGCUCCGGGGGUCAGGUCUAUCAAGAAUGUGCCACCCCCUGUGGAAAGACUUGCACUGACCUGCCUGUGGAGGAGUUUGGCGUCUGCGAGGAUCUCCACCCUGUCUGUGUGGCUGGAUGCAACUGCCCGGAAGGGCUGGCGCUGGACCACGAAGGGCAGUGUGUCCAGCCAGCCAUGUGUCCCUGCAUGCACCGGGAGGAGGCCCACCAGCCCGGCAGCAAGAUCCAGAAGAGCUGCAACAGCUGUGUCUGUCUGAAUGGGGCCUGGAACUGCACGGAGGAGAGCUGUCCCAGAGCGGUGCUUUGUCCUGGGCAGCUGGUCUACGCCUUCGACUCUUGCCUCCUCACCUGCGAGAGCCUCCAGAGCAGCCUCAGCUGUGCUGGCUCCUCCGAUGGCUGCGUCUGCCCCCCCGGCACCGUCUUCCUGAACGAGCGCUGCGUCUCCCCAGAGCAAUGCCCCUGCCACCACAACGGCCGCCUCUACCAGCCCAGCGAGACCAUCACCAAGGACUGCAACACCUGCGUUUGCAGGAGGCAGCGCUGGGAGUGCAGCCGCCGCCUCUGUGCCGGGACGUGCGUCGCCACGGGAGACCCCCACUACAUCACCUUCGACGGGCGGGCCUACACUUUCCUGGGGGACUGCGAGUACCUCCUGCUCCGCGAGACCAGUGGCGCCUUCACUGUGACAGCCGAGAACGUCCCCUGCGGCACCAGCGGCACCACCUGCACCAAAUCCGUGGCGGUGCUGAUGGGCGGCAUGACCGUCCACCUGCUCCGAGGUAGGGACGUGACGGUGAACGGAGUCUCGGUGCGGCCCCCCAAGACCUACAGUGGGAACGGCCUGACGCUGGAGAGGGCCGGGCUCUUUCUGGUCCUCCUCUCUCAGCUGGGGCUGACGGUGCUCUGGGACGGAGGCACGCGGGUGUACAUCAAGCUGGAAGCCAGGUACCAAGGCCGGGUGGCAGGACUGUGCGGGAACUUUGAUGGCGACGCGGAGAAUGAUUUCUCCAGCCAGCAAGGCAUCGUGGAGCCCACAGCUGACCUUUUCGGCAACUCCUGGCGCGUCAGCCUCCUGUGUCCUGAAGCCAACGCCGAGGACUUUGAGCAUCCCUGCACGGUGAAUUCCCACCGUGCGACGUGGGCCCGGAAGCGCUGUGGGAUCCUCCUCCAGGAUCUCUUUGCCCCCUGCCGUGAGGAGCUGCCCUGCCAGCAGUUCUAUGAGUGGUGUGUCUUCGACGCCUGCGGGUGCGACUCUGGCGGCGACUGUGAGUGCCUCUGCACGGCCAUUGCCACCUACGCGGAGGAGUGCAGCCAGCGGGGGGUCUCCGUACGCUGGAGGAGCCAGGAGCUCUGCCCCCUGCAGUGUGACCACGGGAUGGAGUACGACCCCUGCGGCCCGGCCUGCCCGCAGACCUGCCAGAACUUCGGCCUGGAGCCAUCCGAGCACUGCCCCAUGGAGGCGGCUUCCUGCGUGGAAGGGUGCUUCUGCCCGGAGGGGAAAGUCCUGCACGGUGGGCGCUGCAUUGAUCCGGCGGAAUGCCCUUGCUUCUGGGAAGGCACCCUGUUCCCCCUGGGGGCGCUGGUGAUGCAGGAGUGCAGGAACAGCUCAUGUGAGGCAGGCCUGUGGCAGUGCACUGCGCCCCCGGAGCCUUGCAGCGCCCCCUCCCGCUGCACUGAGGCAGAGUUUGCCUGCCACACGGGCGGGCGCUGCGUGCCAAGGGCCUGGCUCUGCGACAACGAGGACGACUGUCGGGAUGGUUCAGACGAGCUCUGCCCCUCGAGCUGCACCCCACAGGAGUACCGGUGCACCAGUGGGCAGUGCAUACCCUGGGGGUCCCAUUGUGAUGGCACCGUGGACUGCGCCGACCGCUCGGACGAAAAGGACUGCCCCUUGCCCGCCUGCUCCCCGCAGGAGUUCCGCUGCAGCAACGGCCGCUGCAUCCCUCGCCAAGACCGCUGCGACGGGGAGCUGGACUGCGGCUUCGCUGACCCCUCGGACGAGGCAGGUUGUGGACCCGCCUGCAGGCCCAGCGAGUUCCGUUGUGCGGCUGGGCACUGCUUGCCAUACCUGCACCACUGCGACGGGCACGACAACUGUGGCGAUUUCAGCGACGAACACGGCUGCGUGUGCCCCCUUGGGGACUUCCAGUGCCCGAGCGGCCGGUGUCUUCCCAAAGCUCUGGUUUGCGAUGGCCAGCAGGACUGUCCCUCUGGCAUGGACGAGGCUUUCUGCCCAGGUCCGGUGGUGUGUGCCCCGGGGCAGCUCCCUUGUCCAAAUGCCACCUGUGUGAGCCGUACGCGGGUGUGUGAUGGUGUGCCCGAUUGCGAAGAUGGUGCCGAUGAGGAACCCGCUCGGUGCCGAGGGAUACGGACCACCCCUCUUGUGCCCACCGUUCAGCCAAGCUUUCCUGGGACUCAUCAGCCUGUCACCAACAGGACCCUGGUGCCACCCUGUGGGCGUUACGAGUUCCACUGCCACAGCGGGGAGUGCCAGCCACGGGGCUGGGUGUGCGACAAUGAAGCCGAUUGCCUGGAUGGCAGUGACGAACUGCACUGCAAUCGCACGUGUGAACUGGGCCAGUUCCCCUGCGCCCACGGGGCUGAGUGCGUCCACUACCAGCAGCUCUGCGAUGGCGUCCCUCACUGCCAGGACCAGUCAGAUGAGAGCGUGGACACCUGCGGCUCAACUCAGAUCCCGCCUUGCCCAGGGUUCUUCAUCUGCAACGACCGCAUGUGCAUCAACGUGUCCCGGGUGUGCGAUGGCUCCCCCGACUGCUCCCAGGGAGAAGACGAGCUCGCCUGUGAAAUCCCGGUGGCUCCUCCGGGCGGAAGGAAUCAGACGGUGGGACCUUGUCCAGAAUAUUCCUGUGGGGACGGCACCUGCAUUGCCUUUAAACAGGUGUGCAACGGUCUGGCCAAUUGUGCGGACGGCACGGAGGCUUCGGGUUGGCUGCCCUCCGAUGAGCGGGACUGCGGCCUCUGGAGCCCGUGGGCGCCCUGGGGCGCCUGCGGCCGCUCGUGCGGGGCGGGCGUCCAGGUCCGCCGGCGGAGCUGCACCCGGCGGGCUGAUGAUGUUCUCCGACACUGCCUGGGGGAGGAGACCCAGGCCCAGCAGUGCUUCCUGGUCGCGUGUCCAGUUGAUGGCCAGUGGCGCGAAUGGGCAACGUGGUCCAACUGCACCGAGGACUGCCGCGGGGUGGUGGUGCGGCACCGGGAAUGCCUGCCAUCCCAGAACGGGGGCCGCCAUUGCACCGAAGGGCCAGACGGUUCCGCCGGCUCGAUCGAGAUCCAGCUGUGUCAGCGUGAAGACUGCCUCAACGCCUCCACUUGCCCUGGCGAGCUGGUGAGCCAGAAGUGCGCCCCGUGCCCCACCUCCUGCACGGAGCUCUCCAGCCGCACAAGAUGCAGGAAGGACAGGCCCUGCCGGCCAGGCUGCUGGUGCCCAGAAGGACUGGUCUUGAACAGCGAGCAGCAAUGCGUGCGUCCACGGGAGUGCCCGUGCCAGGUGGGGGGCAUCCGCUAUUGGCCCGGCCAGCUGGUGAAAGUCAACUGCCGGAUCUGCGCUUGCCAGGAAGGGCAGAUGAAGCGCUGCCGGCAAAACCCAGAGUGCACAGUGAACUGUGGCUGGUCGGCCUGGUCGCCGUGGGGUGAGUGCCUGGGUCCUUGCGGGGUACAGAGCAUCCAGUGGUCCUUUCGUAGCCCCAACAACCCCACCAAGCACGGGAACGGACGGCAGUGCCGAGGCAUUUACCGCAAGGCCCGGAGAUGCCAGACGGAGCCGUGUGAAGAGUGCGAGCACCACGGCCGGACUCACGCCAUUGGGGACCGCUGGCGUUCGGGCCAGUGCCAAGUCUGCCAGUGCUUGCCCAAUCUAACUGUGCAAUGCUCCCAGUACUGCCCCUACAGCACGGUGGGCUGCCCCGAGGGCCGGGUGCUGGUGAAGGGCCGGCCGGACGCCUGCUGCUACUGCAAGGAGGCUGGGGAGAACCGGACUGCAGUGCCGAGCGCCCUGCCUCUGGGACCCCUGGGGACCACCCGAGUGGGCUCAGCUGCCUUCCCCACUGCCCCCCCGCUCAGCACCUUCCCCCUGCCCCCGCUUGGCGAUCUCUGCUACGGCCCCCUGGGCAUCGCCUCCUUGCCGGACGCCAGCUUCACUGCCUCCUCGCAGCAGCCGGAGAACCCGGCGCACGCCGCUCGGCUCAGCCGCCUCCUGCCCGGGGCCGACCUGCAGGGCUGGUUCUUGCAAGUGGAUUUGGGGGAGCCCAGACACCUGACAGGGGUGGUGAUCCAAGGAGCUGGGACCUCCGAUGCCUACGUGACCAGCUUCUUCCUGCAGUUCAGCCUGGAUGGCCUGAGAUGGCAUGACUACCAAGAGCUCUUCCAAGGAAACUCAGAUGACUCGACCCCCGUGGCCAGGACCUUCCAGCGCACGGUGCAUGCCCAACACGUGCGCCUCCUGCCUCACGACUUCCACAACGGGAUCUUCCUGCGCAUGGAGCUGUUGGGCUGUGGCAAAGGCUGGCGGCCUUGCUGGGCCGGAGAGUUCCAGUGCCAGAACGGGCGGUGCGUUCCAGCGGGGCCCCACGGAGCCAUAUGCAACGGGGUUGACGACUGUGGGGACUUCUCUGACGAGCUGCGCUGCGACAAGACCCGAAUGCAUCUGAGCCCCUUUGCCAGCAAACUGUGGCUAAUUAGUUACAGCGCGCAGACAAGGGCCCCCGAUGCUGGUUCCAAGACCACCAGAGGCCUCAUGGUUGCCGUGGGGGCCCUGAACAGACCCAGUGCCCGUUACGUGCAGCUGAAGUCCCCCAACGCCAAAAGGCGGGGGUCUCUGGACCAGCCCAGCAACCGGGCCCAGAAGCUCAGCUGGAACGGCUGUGCCCGGGCGGUUGCUGCAGCUUGUGGUCUGGCCCCCUUCACAGGCAUUGCCCCAUCCCUGGAGCCCCCCUCCCCAGCAGGCUGCCCGGCCUCCCAGUUCCACUGUGCCUUUUCCGGCAUCUGCCUCGAAGCCGCCAAGAGAUGCGAUGGGGUCGCUCACUGCCCAGGUGCCACGGAUGAGAUUGGCUGUGCGCCUGCAAGCAGCAUCCCGCCGCCUGGCAUCCUCAGCCCGUGGACCUCAGAGGGACCUUCGCAGCCCACUGCGGUGUCCCCGAGCAGAAGGCCGUUGCCAUUGCCUGAGGGCUACAGCCCCACUCCACCAGCUUCCUGCAAUGAGCCCCUCGGCCUGGAGGAUGGGCGCAUUCACUAUCAGCAGUUGAUGGCCUCCUCCCACCAAGAGGGAAAUCCCCCGGAUGCUGGACGGCUGAACAUUGUGCCCAACAUUCAGAACAUGAAGCCAGGAUGGAGCCCCCGCCUGUCUGACCCCAACCCAUACUUCCAGGUGGACCUCCUCCAGCCCUUCUUCAUCACUGCAGUAGCCACCCAAGGUGGAGGCAGGUCUCAGGGAUACGUGUUACGUUAUCGCCUAGUCUACAGCAAUGAUGGGGUCCAUUUCUGGAACUACACCAGACCUGGAUAUGCUCCAUCCCUACAGGCUCAGAUUCUGGAGGGAAACUCGGACAGCAGCUUUCCGGCACGGCAGGAGCUCAGCCCGGCCAUCCUGGCCCGUUUCCUGCGCUUCGUGCCAGUGGAGUAUCACCAGAGCAUUUCCUUGCGCCUGGAGAUGUUCGGCUGUCCCUGGGAGACAGAGCGGGCCGUGGGCCUGUUGACCUCUGCCAGCGGCAGCCGAGCCCCAGGAAUAGUCCGCACUAAACCCACAGCAGCCCCAUCUCCUCCAGAGAAGCCCACUGGCACACCGGGCUGGUUGCCACCCUUCACCAAGCCGGAGGCUGCAGCAGUGGUCACACCUUCUCAGCAGGUCCAGAAGACAGCCCUGCCUGCUGCCUUGUCCCCAGCGACCCCCGGCAUCGCCUGGCCCACCUCUCGGCCGGUGGCGACUCCUGGACCAAGUGGGGCUUCAGGACUGCCCACCUUCCGCGUUCUUCCACACCGACCUGGCACCCCCAGCUUGAGGUCCACCUCGCCAGGGCCAACUCUCAUCCCCAGCCCUGGGAUGCCCCGGAUCCUCUGCACACAGGGGCAAUUUGCCUGCGAGGCGUUCGGCUGCGUGGAGGCCGCCUUUGUCUGCGACGGGCAGCAGGACUGCUCGGACGGCUCUGACGAGGUGCACUGUGGGGGCCCCACAGCUCCCACUGUCCCCACCAUGGCCCCCCUGAUUCCAGUGGGUCCCCCCAGUGCCUGUUCCUCCAAGCAGUUCUCCUGCAACAGCGGGGAAUGCCUGACCCUUGAGCGUCGCUGUGACCUUCGCCAUGAUUGCCAGGACGGGUCUGAUGAAGCCAACUGCGUGGACUGCAUCUUGUCUCCGUGGAGCACCUGGAGUGAGUGCAGCCGAUCGUGUGGGCUGGGUGUGACCUUCCGGCGCCGCAGCCUGCUGCGCAACGCUCUCCCAGGAGGACGGUGUGACCGUGAUGAGUUUGACAGCCGCUCUUGCUUCCUCCGGGCCUGUCCAGUGAACGGGGCCUGGGCCUCCUGGGGCGAAUGGUCGGACUGUGACGCUGAGUGCCGGGGGGGUGUGAGGAGCCGCACCCGGAUCUGUGCUGACCCCCCACCCAAGAACGGCGGGCAGAUGUGCCCCGGAGAUGCCGUGCAAAUGGAGGCGUGCAACCAGCAGCCCUGCGGAGACGCCCGGGACUGCGGCCCAGACAUGGUCUUCGUGCAAGCUGGACACUGCGAGCGCGGCCUGGUGGAUCCCUGUCCGCAGACCUGCCGACAGCUGAGCGUCAAGAGGAGCUGCCAGAGCAGCUGCGUGGAGGGCUGCCGCUGCCCGCCAGGCCUCUUCCUGCAGGAGGGCGGCUGCGUGAACGUCAGCCAGUGCCACUGCUUCUUCGACCAGGAGCAGCGCCGGCCGGGGGAGAUCUUCCUGCGAGACAACUGCAGCCAGUGCGUUUGUCUGGAUGGCGCCGUGACCUGUGAUUCGGUGGCUUGCCCUGUGAAGUGUGGCUGGUCAGCCUGGUCUCCGUGGACACACUGCAGCCGGAGUUGUGGAGUUGGGAUGCAGCAAAGAUUCAGAUCCCCCUCCAACCCAGCGGCAGCCAAUGGCGGUGCCCCAUGCCAAGGAGAUGCCCAGGAGGUGCGUGAGUGCCAUACAGCCUGCACCACAGAAAUGACCUUCCCCUGGAGCGAAUGGACUCCCUGGUCCCCCUGCUCAAAGACUUGCUUCUAUGCCCCGGACGUGGUUGGCACGCGGAAGCGAUUCCGGCACUGCAACGGCACCGCGCAGGCUGUGGGGUGUGAUGGGGAGACCACGCAGGAGGAGGCCUGCGAUACGCCUCUCUGCCCAGUGGAAGGCAUCUGGACCCCCUGGGCCCCCUGGUCCAGGUGCUCUGUUCCCUGCGACUCUGGGGUGCAGACCCGCAACCGGACCUGCUCCAAGCCUGCCUAUGGGGGGCCAGGAUGCUCCGGCCCCCUGAUCCAGACCCGAGAUUGCAACACGCAGCCCUGCAGAGCGCAGUGCCCGGGAAACAUGGUGUACCUGACGGCCGAGGAGUGCCAGCGGAAGGGGGGUGCCUGCCCCCGGCUCUGCCUGGACCAGGGCACGCAGGUGGAGUGUGCCUCCCACUGCCAGGCGGGCUGUCACUGCCCCGAGGGGCUCUUCCUCCAGAAUGGCUCCUGCGUGCAGCUCAGCCAGUGCCCUUGCUACUAUGAGGGGGAGCUUUACCAGCAGGGCAGCUCCAUCCCCCGGGACGCCUGCAACAACUGCACCUGCAUGGAUGGGGAGAUGGACUGUGGCACAGAGCCCUGCCCAGCCGACUGUGGCUGGAGCGCCUGGACGGCCUGGAGCUCCUGCAGCCGCACCUGCAACGUGGGCACUCGGCGGCGCCACCGUUCCAGCUCUGAGCCCCCUGCCUCCGCAGGAGGGCAGCAGUGCCAGGGGUCCAACGUGGAGAUUGAGUUCUGCAGCCUGCAGCCCUGCCAGGGCCCCGGCAUGGAAUGGGGCCCCUGGUCUGAGUGCUCGGUGCCCUGCGGGGGGGGCUACCGGAACCGCACAAGGGCCAGCCCCACUGUCCUGGGCAGGAUCGACUUUGCCACCUGCAACCUUCAGCCCUGCACAGGUGAAGUGCCCGGCAUCUGCCCAGAGGGGAAGCGGUGGCAAGAGUGCGCCGACGGGCCGGCCUCCUGCGCGGAGCUCAGCACAGAAGUCGGCGCUGGCAACAGGGCUUGCCAGCCGGGAUGUUACUGCCCCAACGGCACCGUCCUGCUGAACAAUCUCUGCGUGCCGGAGAAGGAGUGCCCGUGCGCCGUAGAGGGGAUGCUCUACGCCCCAGGUGAAGCGGUGGCCAAGGGCUGCGAGAACUGUUCCUGCAUCGCUGGGCAGGUGGGCAACUGCUCCCGCACGGCCUGCGGAGACGUGAACGGCCAGUGGUCGGAGUGGACCCCCUGGAGCGAGUGCUCAGCGUCCUGCGGGCUGGGACUGCAGAACCGCUACCACUUCUGCACGGAUCCUGCCCCUUCCGGGAUGGGGCUGCCCUGCCUGGGGCCGGAACGGGAGGACAAGGCCUGCCAGACCCAGCCCUGCUCCCGGAGUGGGGGCUGGGGCGCCUGGAGCCCCUGGACCGCCUGCACCUUCAGCUGCGGGGGAGGCAUGAGAAGCCGGAGCAGAGCCUGCGACAGCCCUUCCCCCCGGGGAGGAGGGGACUAUUGCGAGGGGCCGCCCACCCAGGUGGAUUCCUGCAACCUGAACCCCUGCCCAGCCCUGGACUGCUCUGUUCUGGAGGACUCUGCCUACAGCAGCUGUGGGCCCCCCUGCCCUCGCUCGUGUGACGACAUCACGCACUGCCUGUGGGCUUGUGAGCCAGGCUGCUACUGCACCGGGGGGAAGGUCUUGCACGGGAACGGCUCAGCCUGCGUGGAGAAGCCGAGCUGCACCUGCCUGGACCUGCGCAGCGGCCGCCGACACCUGCCGGGGGAAGUCGUCCCUCGUGCCGACGGCUGCAACAACUGUACCUGCUCCAACGGGAAGCUGAUCUGCACCAACCAGGCCUGUGCGGUGCCAGGCAGCUGGUGUGACUGGGCCCCAUGGAGCCCCUGUUCCAGGACGUGUGGGAGCGAGAUGGUCACCCGCUACCGGACCUGCGGCUGCCCCAAGCCCCAGCACGGGGGCCAGGAGUGCGAGGGGGUGCAAGAGUACCAUGGAGACAGUGGGGUCCAGCUCCAGAGAAAAGCCUGCCCCAUCACCACUUUCUGCCCAGUGAACGGGGGCUGGUCCACAUGGAGCAUGUGGUCUCCCUGCAACGCCUGUGAUGGCGUGUCCACAAGGAGCAGGGAAUGUAACAACCCCCCUGCCCGGUUUGGGGGCACAGUCUGUCCCGGAGAAGCUCAGCAGAGCCACCUGUGCCAUGACGGAGUCACUGCCUGUGAAGACUGUGAGGGGGGGCAGGUGGCCUUCCCCUGCGGCAAGCCCUGUCCGCGUACCUGUGAGGACCAGCAGCCUGACACCGCCUGCUUGGAGAGCCCUGGCUGCCAACUCGCCUGUGCCUGCCCAGACGGACAGCUGCUCCAGGAUGGGUGGUGUGUGGCCCCCUCCCAGUGCCACUGCAAGUACCAGGUGCCCUGGCUGGGUGCCCCCGAAGAGCAGAAUGUCUCCUCCUGGCUGGGGCUCCCUCAGUGGGAAUAUGCUCAGCCAGGGGAGACCGUCUACGGGCCCUGCCAGAACUGCACCUGCAUAGCUGGGCACCUGCAGUGCCGGGCAGACCCCUUGUGCCGCCUGGACGGCGGAUGGGCCGGCUGGGGACCAUGGUCUCCCUGCAGCCAGAGCUGCGGGGAGGGCGCCCAGUUCCGCUUCCGGGAAUGCAGCAAUCCAGCCCCCCAGAACGGAGGCCGGGGGUGCGCAGGCGGCGGCGAGCAGCAGAGACCCUGCUGGCACCGGGAAGACUGCCCAGCAGAGGAGGAAGCCUGGGACGCCUGGACCCCGUGGGCCCCCUGCAGUGUCUCCUGUGGAGGGGGAGAGCAGGUGCGCAGCCGACGGUGUCGCCAGCCGAGCUGCCAGGGCCUGGCCUCCCAGAGCAAGACCUGCAACACCCAUGUCUGUCUGGAGGUGGGCUGCCCGGUGGGGCGCCUGUACCGGGAGUGCCUGGCAGAAGAGGGGUGUCCCUACAGCUGUGCCCACCUCACCCACCAGAUGGACUGCUUCUCUGAUGGCUGCGAGGAAGGAUGCCACUGCCCGGCGGGCACCUACCAGCACAAGGGGACUUGCGUCCAGGAGUGCCCCUGCGUCCUGAGCAAGGAGGUUUUCCAGGGGUUUCAGAGCCACUCGGCUGACCCCCCCGACACCCCUCUGGUCGUCCUCACUGCCCAAGGCCGCCGAGUCUCUCCGGAGGAAGAGGUGGCCCCCAACAGCACCAUCUCCGCUGCCUGCAGCAACUGCUCCUGUCGCAACGGCCACCUAGCCUGCAUUUUCACCCUCUGCCCCGUGGACGGGGGCUUCACAGCAUGGAGCCCGUGGUCCCCUUGCUCCUUGACCUGCGGUGGGUUGGGCAACAUGACCAGGUCACGCGACUGCACCAGUCCGAAGCCUGCCAACGGGGGGAAGGACUGUGCCGGACCCCGGAUGGAUAUCAAAUACUGCCAGACCCUGGAUUGCAAAGAAGGGGCCGAAGCCACCAAGGAGCCAGCCACAGGGACCCCAGGGGCCGAGGACGACAGCUUCACCCCCUGGUCCCCCUGGACGCCCUGCUCGAAGACGUGCAGCGAUCCAGACCUCCCUGCCCUCAAGACCCGCGUGCGGUUUUGCCGAGGGGGGACUGGCUGCGCAGGGGACGCGUUCCAGGAGCGAGAAUGCAACCUGCCCCAGUGCACCGAGACCCCCGUGUGUGAGGGCAAGGCGUGCCUAGGCCUGAACUGUACAUGGAACCCCUGGUCCCUCUGGAGCGAGUGUUCCCGCAGCUGUGGGGUCGGGCAGCAGCAGCGCCUGCGCACCUACCACCCCCCUGGGCAAGGAGGGCACUGGUGCCAAGACAUCCUGACUGCCAACCUGGAGAGGCGCUUCUGCAACCUUCAGGCCUGCAAAGUGGACGGGGCCUGGUCCAAGUGGAGCCCCUGGUCCUGGUGCGACCGCACCUGUGGGGGGGGGCGCUCCGCCCGCACAAGGACUUGCACCAGCCCACCCCCCAAGAACGGAGGGCGCCACUGCCCUGGCGAGAAAUACCACGUGCGCGUCUGCAACCCCCAGCCCUGCGAGGAGACCUGCCCCCCCAUGAUGCACUGGGUGGGGUGUGCCAACAGGUGCCCCCGGCAUUGCUGGGACCUCCAGGAAGGCAUCGUGUGCCAGGAGAAGGAAGCCUGCGAGCCUGGCUGUCGCUGCCCUGAGGGCACGCUGGAGCAGGACGGCGCCUGCGUUGCCCUCGCCCACUGCGAGUGCACUGAUGCCCAGGGGCACAGUUGGGCGCCAGGCAGCCACUACGAGGACGGCUGCAACAGCUGCACCUGUGCCGCCGGAGGGAGGCUGCUCUGCACCAACCACACCUGCCUGCCCCCCGAGUGUGCCUGGAGCCUCUGGUCCAGCUGGUCCCAGUGUAGCAUCACCUGCGGAAGUGGCCUGCGCACCCGCUUCAGGACCCCCACCUCUGGCUCAUGGACUCCCGAGUGCCUGAAGGAGCAGGUGCAGACCCACCCCUGUGCCCUGGACUCCUGCCCCCCUCUGUGCCUGCAUGAGGGCCAGGAGGCCAGCCUGGGCAGCACCUGGCUCCUGGGGGAGUGCCAGCAAUGCAUUUGCACCCCAGAGGGCAUCUACUGCCUGGACAUCACAUGUACAGUUACCUGUGGCGGCAGCACCCAGAUCCGAACUCGGGCCUGCAUCAACCCGCCACCACGCAACCACGGCUUGCCCUGUGCUGGCCCCGAGACCCAGAGCCAGAACUGCUCCACCCAGCCCUGCCCAGGAUUCUGUGAAGUGACACGAGUUCUGUACUUUGCGUCUUUCACGCUGUGUCUUCGUGGCACGCGAGGCUUGUACCAGCGGCCUGUUGAUGUAGCCAGUGCAAACGCCAGUCAUUUGAUGCCAAUCUCCUUUUGUGCCCUGCCCCAUUUUCACACAGAAGACGAGCUCUGCCCCUGGUCCGCCUGGGGCCCGUGCUCGCAAUCCUGCGGCACCGGAUUGACCACACGUAGCAGGAGCUGUGUUUGCCCGACUCCUGCGAACGCUGACGGAGCGCCUUGCACCCAGGACAGCCACCCCCAGGAGAUGGAGGCUUGCUACCUGCAGGCCUGUCCUGCAGAUUGUCCCUGGAGCGCCUGGACGCCCUGGACGCACUGCUCGUGCAGCUUCCUGGUGCAGCAGCGAUACCGGAACCAGCAGGGCUGGGAUGCUGACCGGGACCCGUGCCUGGGGCUGGACGGGCAGUUCCGAAUGUGCAAUUAUUCCCAGUGUUCAGAGUCCAGCUGUGACGCCCCCUUUGAGUUCCAGGGGUGCGGCUCCCCCUGCGACCGCCACUGCUCCACCCUGAAGCACCUGGAGCUGUGCCAGGACAUUCCUCGCUGCCUGCCCGGUUGUUACUGCCCCCAGGGCCUGUUGGAGCAGAACGGGGCCUGUGUCCCGCCCGCGCAGUGCGCUUGCCUCCACCCCCGCCAGGCAGAAGGGCCCAUGUUCGUGGCAGCGGGAGAGGCUGUCCUGAUUGGCUGCAAGAAGUGCGUGUGCCAGGAGGGAGAGCUGCAAUGCAGCAGCGAGGACUGCCAAGGGCUGCUUCCGCUGAGCGGCUGGUCGCCGUGGACGCCCUGCUCCGACUGCCUGCCCGCGGCGGCGCUCGGGUCACCCGUCAGGACACGCUGGAGAGAGCUCCUGCAUGCGAUCCGCAGCCCCUCCGCAGAUCCCCCUGAGCUCCCCCGCAACGUCCUAGAGGAGGAGCGAAGGGGAAGGGAGGAGUGUGAGGACCGGGGCAAGGUGCGUACCCCCACCUGUGCCAACGGCUGUCCACGCACCUGUCUGGAUCUCUGGGAGCACGUGGAGUGUCUGCAGGGGCAGUGCAGGCAAGGAUGCCGGUGCCCAGAGGGGCAGCUUUUGCAGGAUGGCGCCUGUGUGCCAACCCAGGCUUGCCGCUGCGGAAUCCCCACGGCCAACAGCACCCAGGAAGUUCCUCCUGGGCAGCUGGUGGAAUUGGACUGCCACAACUGCACCUGCCUGAACGGCACCUUUGCCUGCCCGGGAGAGAAGUGCCCGUCCUACGGCGAAUGGUCCGCGUGGAGCCCUUGCUCGGCCAGCUGUGGGGGGGGAAACACCCUGAGGCAUCGCCCCUGCCAGGAGAGCCUCCACGGAGCCCCCUGCGCCACCGAGUCCAUGGAAGAAGUGAUGCUCUGCAACUCCCAGCCCUGUCCAGCUGGCUGCCUGUUGAGCGACUGGACCGCCUGGAGCAACUGCAGCUCCAGCUGUGGAGGAGGGGUCUCUGAGAGGAGCCGCCAGCUGCUGUCCCCUGUGGGGGAGCCCUGCCCCACCCCCCUACUGCAGCACCGAGUGUGCAACACGCACAACUGCACGCCAGUGUGCCCUGGGGCCCAAGUCUACCACGAGUGUGCCAACUCCUGCCCGUAUACUUGCUCUGACCUGCGCCCGGAAACCCAGUGUCUGCAAGAGGAGUGCCAGCCCGGCUGCAUUUGCCCACCUGGCCAGGUGCUGCAGGAUGGGCUGUGUGUCCCCCCGGACGAGUGCCGCUGCGUGAUCGGCCAGGCGCCUGCCUCGCCCUGGGCUGCCAACCUCUCCCAGGAGGAGCGGGCACAGGAGCAUCUGCCUGGCAGCAUUUUCCGGCACGAGUGCAACAGUUGUGUCUGCCGGAGGGGCGUCUUCACCUGCACUCAGGAAGAUUGUGAUGUGCCCUGCAUCUGGUCCGAGUGGUCUCCCUGGUCCCCCUGCCCCGUCACCUGUGGCACCGGAGAGCAGCUGUCUCGGCGGCACCAGCUCCAGCCGCGCCUAUACGGCGGGGCAGAGUGCCAGGGCCCUGCUGUGCGUAGGGCCUCCUGCUUCCUCCCUGGCUGUGCCUGUCCAGAAGGGGAACACUGGCGCCGAGCCAGUCCUCCGGCUCCCUGCGAGCGAAGCUGCCGCCAGAUCUACGAGGAUCUUCCCCAGAACUGCAGCUCAGGGGCAGCGCAGGAGGGGUGUGCAUGCCAGCCCGGGCACUACCGGAACGGCAAUGGGCACUGUGUUGUGGCUGCCCGCUGCGAGUGUGAGGAUGGCAGCCAGAUAUACUCAGCCGGCACAGAAUGGCGCAAGGGCUGCGAAGUCUGCCGCUGCUUGAACGGGAGGGCUGUGUGCGAGACCGGCUGCCUGCCCCUGACCUGCCUCGAGGGGGAGGUGAAAGUGCAGGAGCCGGGCACCUGCUGCCCCACCUGCCGGAAGGAGUCGCCUGCGCAGAACUGCAAUAAAGAGAUGGGGCCACUGGUCCUGCGUCACUGGGGGCAUCAGUCUGCACAGAUGCGGGAACCACUCAAUAUCAUGCCUCCAGGGAUUGCACAGAGUGCCACACUACCCAAACCCCACACGCAGCAAGAGUCUGGCCUCAGCACCCGAUUUUCCCACUCUGGCUGUUGUGACACGCCAGGAGAACAGACCAUGCGUGGUGCCUACAGAGGAGGCUGCCUUUAG